ACAACCACAAGCACCCCUCCAUGACUCUUAUUUGAUCCCCAUACUCAUUCAACACACUCUCUCUCUAUUCCUUUGCUUCUCUCUCUCUCUUCUUGUUUCUGUUAGAACUUGUGGGCACAACACAACACACCCUUCCAUGACUCUCUUUUGAUGCUCUUUCAACCACUUUCUUCCUCCUUUUACCCGCAUCAGGUACUUCUUCUUCUUCUUAUUCUUCCACGUUCACCAUGGAAGCCCAUUCUUCUCCCUCAACGACGUCGUUUUAUCACCAGAAACGUUUCCUGCAGGAGAUGGAUUUCUUCUCUGACAAAAAAAUCAAGACUGAUGAUUAUCAACAUGAUCAUGAUGAUGAUCUGAUGAUGCUAAACGGGCCCACAGAGCUUCACGCUGAUGCGAGUUUAGAUCUUGUGACUGUGACGAGCAGUAGCAACAGAUCGAUGGUGGAUGAUGGGGCAUCAUACGCCAUGGAAGAGAACAAGAAAAAAGAGUAUGUAGCUUUGUUAGCUGAAUUGCAGCAGAUAAAAGCUGAAAAUCAACGUCUGAGAGAUUUGCUUGAUCAAGUGAACCUAAACUACAAUGCCCUGAAAUUGAAACUUACCAAGCUCAAGCGGACGCAAAGUAAUAAUGAGGUAGAAGAAGGCAGUGGAGAUCAGAUUGAGAGGAAAAGAGGAAUGAAUAUGACAGGGCUAUUAGUUGAAGAUAGUAAUAAAAGUGAAGGCAAAUUGAGAGAAAGCAAAAGCAAUAAUAAUAUGCUUGAUUUGAUGGAAUGCAAGAUUGAGAAGAGCACAAAUAAUAAUGAUCAUCAGCCACUUAACAAAGGUUAUGGGAACGAUCAUCAUAAUAGUGAUCAUACAAAAAGCAUUUCAUCAGAAACCAUAUCACUCGUCAGGAAAGCUCGUGUUUCUGUUCGAGCUCGAUCUGAGACUCCAAUGAUAGCAGAUGGAUGCCAAUGGAGAAAAUAUGGGCAAAAGAUGGCAAAAGGAAACCCUUGUCCCCGAGCUUAUUAUCGUUGUUCCAUGGGAACUGCUUGUCCUGUACGAAAACAAGUUCAGAGGUGUGCCGAAGAUAGAAGCAUUCUGAUGACUACAUACGAAGGACAACACAAUCAUCCACUUCCUCCAGCCGCAAAAGCUAUGGCUUCCACAACAUCUUCAGCUGUUUCAACCAUUCUUUCAGGAUCAAUUCAAAGUUCAGAUCAUCCUCAUCAUCACAAUAACCUCAUAAACCCUAAUCUUUUAGGAAGUGCUUCAAUGUUUGCUUACUCACACAACAUGGCUACUCUAACAGCCUCAGCUCCAUUCCCCACUAUAAUUUUGGAUCUCACUGAUCAUCAAACGGAGCCGCCGCCGCCCAAGAUUUUCGGUAAGGCUCUGGGUGAUCAACACCCGAGGGUCUCUCAGGGAACGACGUCGUUCACUGAUACGGUGAAUGCAGCAACGGCAGCUAUUACAGCGGAUCCCAAUUUCACUGCAGCUCUUGUGGCUGCUAUCACUUCUAUCAUUGGAAGUUCCCAUUCCAAGAGUAAUAAUGGUUCAGAUGUUACUACAAAUGGAAAACCCUAGAAAUGGGUGAAACUCAGUUGUUAUUGUUAUUGGCUUUGUUGUUUUGUCUGGAAAUUUUGAUCUUUUAGUUUUCAUCGCUUCUUAUAUAAAACUAUGAUGGUAAGCAGUUUAGUUUAAUUUAAAUGCCUUAUUUCUCUCA